AUGUUUAAUAGUAAGAAGCAGAAUAGAAUGGGAAUAGAGCAUACUGGAGGUGCACUACUCCAUAAUGAACAUACGACUCAAACAAAUGUUUCUAUCAUGGUUUCAAGUAAGAGCCACUUUCGGGAGUCAAUUUUGACAUUGACAGAGCAUACUGAUAAGCAGGUCCAUCAAAUUGCACGAAACUUCCGAGAUAGGUGGAUCCCUCGAUAUCUAAGAAAAAAUAGCUGCGCUGAGAGAGAUGAUGGCAGGAUGGAAUUUCACCAUGGUUCAAAUUGCAAUAGAGUAUUGGUAUCACACCAUCAAUGGUGUGCCCAGGGUGUAAGAGCUACAGAAGCAAUAGAAUGUGUAAACCAAUCAGUUCAUGCAACCACUGUAGCUGAUGUGGACUUGUCUGCAUCACAUGUUAGUGGUUUGGUGACCAACGGGACAAAGAAUCGCAAGCGUAAAAGCCAAUGGGACCAGUCAGUAGCGGUCAGCCUAGAUUCAAGAUCUCAUCACAAGGAACCCAGGAUUCCUCAAAAUGAAACUAACAUGACAGAUAAUGGAAGCCAGAACAUCGACGACGAUGUUCCUCCUGGAUUUGAUUUUCCUCCUGGAUUUUCGCUUCCGCUUCAUGGCUCUUUGGUUCCCUCUAAUGCUGCUUCAUCUACUACCGAUUACCACCAAGAAAAAGUGCAGGGUCCAUGUGAAGUGGUAAUUGGGCAACCACAAGAGCGAUUCAUUUCGCACAUGCUUAUCUCGUAUGGCAUUCCGAUGUCUGUUGCACAGCAGUUUGGAGUACCUCAAACAGAAACGGCUGAGAGUUGGAUUGUUGCCCCAGCCAUGCCUUUCCUUCCUUUUCCACCGUUGCCCCCAUAUCCCCGUGACAAGAGAGAUCCUUCACCUUGUGCUACUACUAACCCUGUGACAAGGAGCCAACCUGCAGAAAUACACACAUUGGGCAUCCAUAAUCCGCCUGUUUAUCACUCAACUCCAAGCACAUCGGGUGCAGGCCCACCGUAUGUGGAAACACCCACUACAAUCAACCAACACAAUUUUCAGCUAGGAAGGGGGUCCUGUUAUAGUUUGGAAAGGGAAUGCUUCAGGCAGCCGAACUGGAAUAAUACAAACCUCCCACCCCCUUGGAUCCGGAAUAGAAAUGGUUGGGGAUUUACAGGAAACAACCCAAAAUAUGAGACGGGUGUAGGGACUACUGCAAAUGAGUUCGGAGGUCCGUAUUGGUAAGAGGUAAAGAUGCCCUGGAAUACUUUUCAUCAGCAUUAAACUCACUAAAAUGAGCAUGAACUAUAGGAGAAACGCCGAGGAGCUUCUAAAUUUUCUUCUAUGCUCCUGCCCCUCUAUUUGCAUUUUAUUUUUUUUCUUAUAAAGAAAGUCCUACCUAUUUGAAGUUAAGAACAACAGCCAUUCCAGUUCAUCUAUGUGCUUCCGGGGAUAAUGGAUAACUCACACCUCUAGGAGGUAAUUCUUCAUUGUGUUACAUUUAUUGAAUUGAAAAGAAAGGAACUUUUUCAAUAAAAGAUUGGUCAAUCACCCUUGGUGGUCUACUUGGUUAUGUACUCUCUCUCUCUCUCCUUCUGUGACUUGACAUGCUGGACAUGGAAAGAACUGUUCAGAAAUUCUUUCCAAU